AUGGAAGAAGCGCUGUCAAAAACAGAAAAUUGUGAAGCUUGGAAAAAUGGGGCUUUACACGCAAUCAUGAAAAUCAUAUUAAAUCCAACAGAGACACAGCGCAACCACAGAUCGUACCUCAAUUCUUGGCAAAGAUACAAGACGUUUGAGGAAGGGCUGAAAAAAGAAAGUGGUAGAAAUGUUGAACUUCUCCUCUCUGGCAGCAUGGCUGAAUGUCUGUUUGCACAGCACUGGGUCUACAAGGAUGGUAGAAGGGAAGCUUUAAAUGAUAUUGACAUUAUGCUUGUGGAUUGUUCGAUAACAGUUGUAGAAAGAAGCCAGUUGGUCCAGUUGGAGUGUUCAGGGGUCGUUGAUAAAGACCAAGACUGUCAGACAGCCGCAGUCAUAAAGAUGAAUUCAUGUAAUUCCACAGCUAAAUGCUGCAGACAAGAACAACUAAAACCCUUGGACACUAUAACGCCUGCUAGCACUCCUCAUUCACAAAAGGAGCUCCUUCUUGAGCCAACUAAUCACGCUGGCUAUGCUCAACUGUAUGAACUUGGUGUGGAGGGCAAGCCUGUUUUCCUGUCAGUGGAAAGUUUCAAGGGGUUCUGGUCUGGGAUUGUUAACAAAACUGCUCUAUAUUCCCUGGUCACAAGUGGUCCACAGCUUCCAUCAGGCGGAGCUGUUGUGAGUGGCCCUGCCCUAAACAGACGGGAUCGCCCAAACAGAAGGAAUAACUAUGCUCAUGAUUAUGUUCCAUGUUUGCAUUGUCCUAAAUGGCCAACAAUGGCGAAUAGAUGGUGUGAAAGGAAAAGAACGGUUGAAUGGCCUGGUGAAAGGUUAAUUUGUGAUAUCAUGAGCGACGGUUGUCAUGUUGUUCCUGUAUCUCACCAUGACAAUGACAGUGAGUCGUACCAUACUGAGUGGAGGCUAUCUUUUUCUAGUGCAGAGAAAAGGCUUGUGAACUCUUUGUCAAUGGAGCAACGUCACAGUUACAUUAUUGCAAAGUUAAUUAUGAAAGAAGUAAUCAAGGAAAUUCAGGAAAGGCCCUCUCAACCUCCUCUUGACAAAACUCCAUCUUCUUAUCACUUGAAAACAAUCCUAUUAUGGAAAUGUGAGGAAAAGCCCUUAGAAGAGUGGAACAACCUUCUAAAUUCAGCGGUAGAUUUGCUGAAAACCUUUGAAGAUCAUUUGAGAAAAGGUAACAUCCCAAACUACUUUAUACCCGAGAACAACAUGAUCAGUCAUAUUAAACAUUAUGAGCUUGUUUAUAAUUUUGGCAGAAGGAAUAGCAACAUCCCUGGAUGA